CUUAGUUUUUGAGGGUAUCUUAACAAUGGGUCCUAGAUACGGUUCAAUAUUUCUUUUUGCCUUGUUUCCUGCUAUUGUAACCUGUUGGGGGAAUUAUGAAGGAAGCAUGCCAGAUGGUGAUGUGCAAAGAUUUUUAACACCUACCUUACCAGUGAUGGGUUCUGAGGUGAAACAAAAGGCAGUUUGGAAAGACCUUUCUUAUGGUUCUGUUCGACAGCCACAUUAUCGAGGCACCCAUGAAAAUUAUGAUGCCAAAGAAAGGUUGUUUGUGGGCUCAAAUGCUAAAUCAAACACGGAAGACUGUCAGGGUCCAGCUAAAAAUGGCCAUCAAGAAAAUAUUAAUUUUAAUCUUAAUUCACUAUCAAAAUAUGGCGUCUCAAGUUGUGGUCAAUCCUCCACUCAGUAUGAGUCUCGUACAGGUACUAAUGCCCUCAAAAAUGUCCAGGCUGGUAGCAGGCUGGCUUCAACCUUGUCUCAAAGUGGGCCCACAUUGAGGAAAACCUUGAAAGUACCUGAAUUGAGUAGUUUAAAACUCUCUAGAGGUGAAUCUAGUUAUGAGGCAGGUCAAGGUAUUAACAAUGUCCAGAUAGCCAGUAACAGUUUUGGCCCACUGCUGAAAGGAUCGCCUGUGCACUCAAAUAUGAAUCCAGGAAAACACACUCAGGGUGGACCUUCAGUUGUUAGUUCGGGACCAGUCUUUGUAGUUCAAGGUAAAGGAAGUGCUCUGGGUCAAAAUGGCUUUCUGGAUUCUGUAAAACCACCUGUUCACAGACACUUCACACCCUAUAAGGGGAGUCAGUCAUGGAAAAAAACAUUUCAAUACUCCAAGAGUGGAACUCAACACAAUCUGAACACUGAGUUAAGAAAACCUUCCAAAAGUGAUUGCAAGGACAAUGCUGCCAAGUCAAUUGCCAGCUCUGGUGAGGUUUUUCAAGAGACCCAAGAAAGUACAAAGAGAAACCCGAUACUGCCUCAUCAUGAUGCUACUUAUCCAAAAUUUCAGCAAGUUCACAACACUCGUGGACAAUCAAAUCAAAUGUUUAAACCCAUGUACCCCUCUCAAAAUGGGGCUCAACAGAAUGUUGGUAGAAAGUCCACAUUUGCCAGUUCUGGGGGGAUUCUGGUUCAGCAGGCUCCUACAGAUGCUCUGAGUGGGAAAGAAUCCAAUAAUCGUAACGUGUAUCCUAGUUUUUCAGAGCGUGAAGUAACAUUUGCCUCUGGUCAGACUUCUCAUCAAUACCAGCCUUUCAAAGUGACCCAGAAUUCCAAAAAUGCCCAGCCAGCCACUAACUCAUACACUAGUUCUUCCCAGACUGGAUAUCAGACCUUCUCUUCUUUGAAGGGGACCUCAUACAAACCAAGUUCAGGGUCCUCAAUGUUCUCUACAAGUGUGUUAAGUGCCACCAACCCCAAUUUUGCUGGACCUAAUGAGAUUAACACUGUGCAUGUAAGGCCUAAUAAACCAUUUGCAAGCAGCUUUGGUCAAGUACAGAGCCAAAGGCCUUCUGGUGACAGAGGUGCUUUUCAAAGUUUCUUACCUUCCAGUUACCUGGGCCUAAGGCCUAGUGAAGAGGUGCAAACAUCUGUUAGUUCAGCUCCAUUUCAUGGUUCUAAAAGAGUCCAGAACCAACUUGUUGAAACUCAAGAAAAUACAGAUGAUACCAGAUGUAUUACAACCAUUCCAAGUGAGUUUGGGCAAGGUGCCAUUCAAAGGCUUUCUCCUAAGCAUUCCAGCAAAUACAGACGAGUUAAACAAAAUGGACAGGAAAGACUGGAUUUCGUAGCCCCAAAAUGUUAUGCAACACAAAAUAAUCAUGCAGGUCUUGGUCAAAAGGGCUCAGUCAAUUUCCAGGAAGUGAACCAGUCUGUCUAAAAGCAGCUCUCGCUGUCUGCCAUAAACCUUGCCUUGGGUGUGCGUUGGGGAGGCAUUCAGUCAUCAGGCUCUGGUCUCUGCAAGGACUAGAAUGCUGUGACUGAUCCAGUGCAGAGCAUUUCAGUGAUUUUGUUGAAACCAUGGACACGGGAUGGUCCUGGCAAUGUAUGAUUCUGCUAUGUAAAACCCUUUAAUAAACCAUCAAAUGUUUCAAAACAAA